AUGGGGGACUACUCGUACCACUCGUUGGCGAACAUGGGGCCCCAGGGUCGAUUUCGCCGACCACUGUUGAUCGCGAUACCUAUAGUGCUGCUGUUCAUGAUUUACAGCUCAAGCUUCAGCUAUACGCCUCGUGGUGCGAUAGAACCUCAAAUAGACUUUCCCACCGCGCAAAAUGUCUCGCUCGUCGAGGAAGACCCUACCAUGCCCGCGAUAAUAAAAGCCCUCUACGGCCCCAUCUUACACCCCAUUGACGCCGCGAACUUCACCGACGAGGAUGGCGAUGUAUACCACCUGCAUGGCAAGCCAAAGUUCACGCAGAAGCUGGGAAAGAAGGUGCUCAUCUUGGACAUCGACAGCAGGCCGCUCACGGGUGAGGGCCAGCUCAUGAACAAGGAGCUGAAGUGGAAGGGCAUGCGACCCCUCUCUGCGGGCAUGCUUAGCCAUUAUAUGUUUGCAAGCAUCCAUGGUUACGACUACAAGUUUAUCCGCGCACCAGACUACGCCGACCGCUGGGGCACCUGGGUCAAGGUGCCCAUGAUGAAGGAGGCCCUCAAAACACACGACUACAUCGUCUUCAUGGACUCAGAUGUUAUGUUCCACUACCCGCACCUGCCGCUGGAGUGGCUGCUCAACUACUGGAACAUGACCGACGACACCCUCGCUAUGAUGUCCAUCGACCCCAACGAGCCGCAGAACUACGACGCUAAGGGCAACCGCUACCUCAAUACCGGUUUCGUUAUCGCUCGCCAAAGCAAGCGCACACAAGAGAUGUACAAGGCUUGGGCUGAAUGCCCAUCUGAGACAAAGUACAAGGGCUGCGCCAGGUGGAAGCAGGACUGGGCGCACGAGCAGGCUGCAUUCGGCAACUACCUGCGUUACGACUACGACCGACCAGACGACAUCCGCGUUCUUCCCUGCGUCGAGGCGAACGGUGCCCCGGAGGCCGAGAGCCGUGGCGGGUGCAAGGGCGUCUUCGUCAGGCACUUCUGGGUUGACAAGGGCCUCGUAGCUAAGAACCUGGCGGACUCCGUUAUGCAGUACUUCCUCCCAAGACUGCACCAGCUCUACCUCUCAACUGCGAGCGAACACAUCGUUGACGCCAAGGGCUUCAAGCUGGAGGGUGCAGAGCUGGUCGAACUGACCACCGAAGAGAAGGAAGCCCAGAAGAAGGAGGGUACCAAGAACCAGAAGGACGAAGGCUUCUAG